CGCAGCCCCUGUGAUGCCAACUGGAGAUAUUAUGGAGAUAGCUGCUAUGGGUUCUUCAAACACAACUUGACAUGGAAAGAGAGUGAGCAGUACUGCACUGACAUGAAUGCUACUCUCCUGAAGAUUGACAACCAGAACAUUCUGUGGAUAGAAGUCAAGGGCUCCAAUGUCUCACAAGACGAAAGAAUCCCAAGUCUCAUUUGGAGGAAUGCUAUCACUAACUAGGAUUCCUGGAGCUAAAACAUUAUCCUCCUGUGUGGACUGCUUUCCUAUCAAAGCACCUCAGACAUGCACGAGGAAGAAAUAUACACCUCUCUUCAGUGGGAUAGCCCCGCACCAGACACUUACCAGAAAUGUCUGUCUUCCAACAAAUGUUCAGGAGCAUGCUGUCUUGUGAUGGUGAUUUCAUGUAUUUUCUGCAUGGGAUUAUUAACAGCAUCCAUUUUCUUGGGCGUCAAGUUGUUGCAGGUGUCCACCAUUGCGAUGCAGCAGCAAGAAAAACUCAUCCAACAAGAGAGGGCACUGCUAAACUUUACAGAAUGGAAGAGAAGCCGUGUCCUUCAGAUGAAAUAUUGCCAAGCCUUCAUGCAAAACUCAUUAAGUUCAGCCCAUAACAGCAGUCCUUGUCCAAACAAUUGGAUUCAGAACAGAGAAAGUUGUUACUAUGUCUCUGAAAUUUGGAGCAUUUGGCACGCCAGUCAAGAGAAUUGUUUAAAGGAAGGUUCCACGCUGCUACAAAUAGAGAGCAAAGAAGAAAUGGAUUUUAUCACUGGCAGCUUGAGGAAGAUUAAAGGAAGCUAUGAUUACUGGGUGGGGUUGUCUCAGGAUGGACACAGCGGACGCUGGCUUUGGCAAGAUGGCUCCUCUCCUUCUCCUGGCCUGUUGCCAGUAGAGAGAUCCCAGUCAGCUAACCAAGUCUGUGGAUACAUGAAAAGCAAUUCCCUUCUUUCGUCUAACUGCAGCACUUGGAAGUAUUUUAUCUGUGAGAAGUAUGCGUUGAGAUCCUCUGUCUGAAAGAAAUUGUGUUCAAAGUGUUCUAGUACACUGUUAUUUGGAACAUGCCACUGGAAAACCCACCCACCCCCCCACCCCCCAAAAAAAACAGAACAGUAAACCAAAAUGUGGGCCAUGAAAUUAGCAACCUGGGACUCAAUAAUACACUUGGGAAUAUUCUUCCGCACUGUCCAGAUUUCAUUUGAUGUUGUUCACAUUGCAAGAGUAAAACUUAUUUUGAGCUACAGAAGACAAAACCCUGAAGAGUUAAGAACAAACGCAAGGAAAUAAUUUUUAUUGUUUAAAGCCCGGAAUGACUGUAACUUUCACACAAGGUACGCAUCUAUGUUUUUGGGGGAGGUGAUGUAGUUACAGCUGACUAAUAUUUUUAAAAUAAAUAAAUAAAUUUGGCCUUUAAAACUC